GCCCUCCUCCACCAAACCAUCAUGACGAGCAUCAUCCCCACCACGGGCCACUCCAUCGCGACCCAUCGCCUUUACUAGCCAACUACCUCCUCCUUUCUUCUCCCCAACUAGCCAUUACGAGUCGAACCUCACUCACCAGCCCCAUAUCAAUUGCAACCACCAUCCACUUCAUCCCAAGCCACUAUGACUCGUUGAGUUUGGAUUGGGAAUUUUGCUCUGAUGUACAUUCUAUAAAUCACAACUUUGUCUCUGCACUUCGCAUUAAUGAACAUAUUCCCAUGGUGGACGUAGAAGUAAUGGGGCGAGGUGGUUAUGGGGAUGGCAAUGGGUACAAUCGUGGUGAUGGAUAUAGU